AUGCCUGCCCGUCCCCAGGCAGCGUGCGCCGGCGGCUCGGUGCGGGAAGAAUGGGCGGCCGCGGCCCACAGCAAGCUCCACAUGGAGGGUUUCCGCAGCCUGAAGGAGGGCGAAGCUGUCGAGUUCACCUUCAAGAAGUCAUCCAAAGGUUUGGAGUCUAUCCGGGUGACUGGCCCGGGAGGCGUCUUCUGCAUCGGCAGCGAGAGGAGACCCAAAGGCAAGAGCCUCCAGAAACGCAGAUCGAAAGGAGACCGAUGCUACAACUGCGGCGGGCUGGACCACCAUGCCAAAGAGCGCAAGCUCCGCUUUGGCAAGCCUGGGAAAAGCCCUGCUUGA